AUGAAGUUGUACAGACAUAUAGAUUCUACUAUGUACAAAUGGAUCGUGUCGACACAACGUGACUUAGCAAAUGGGAACGUCUUCUUUUUCCAGAUAAUCGACGACACGGAUCGUUCAAACCUGUUCGCCAACCAUUACUUUAACAUCACAGACGGUGACGCCACAACUGCAACGACCACUUCCUCCCUCUCCUCAUCAUCAUUUCCAACGCCGGUAUCUUCAUUGCUCCCAUCGACCGCCAUCUCAACCACAGCAUCGUCGUCAGAUUCUAGCAGCGAAACCGGCGGCUUACAACCACAGCAAAAGUGGGAAUCGGCGUUGGUGUUGGUCUCGGAGGCGCGUUUUUCAUCGCCAUUGCCGGUACGAUAUGGUAUUUCCGUCGGUGUGCAUUAA